UAAAACGGGGCUACUUUGACUUCCAGGGUUACUUUGACAGAUUUUGGGGCUACUUUGACAGAGCGCCAAAAUCGGUUUUUACUUGUGCUCAGCAAGUGCGCGUGACCUCGAGUAAUAUUGCGUGAGGCGCGGGGUGUGGGGAACGCGUCAUAGCGCGCCCGCCGACUAGUCCGAACAGGUUCGUCGCUUGAGUUUGUUGUGUUGUGUGGUGGUGCAAAAAUACGAAAAAAUCUUUACUUUUCGGUUACCUUUGUAUUUGUUUGUAUUUACAAAUGAACUACAAUGGUCAGAGAGUAUAAAAGAAAACUGGGUGCCCGGAGUUACAAAAAUUACAGCGAUGAAACCCUUGCAAAAGCCGUUGCUGAAGUGAGGGCAGGUCUUCUUACCCAGAGUGCGGCUGCCAAGAAGUAUAAAAUAAAUAGAACAACUAUUCUAAACAAAAUUCACCACCAACAUGAACUAAAGCCGGGUCAUCCAACUGUUUUGACUCCUGAAACUGAAAAACUAAUAGCCGAUACCUUGAAAAUAUUAACAGAUUGGGGUGUUCCUUUUACUAAACGCGAUAUCCAAAUUAUUGUUCAGAUGUUGGUCACCAGGGAAGGUAGGGUUAUAAAACAAUGGAAAGACAACUCACCGGGGCCGGACUUUGUGACCGACUUUGCAGCGCGAAACAACCUUACUCAGAGACUGGCCACAAAUAUCAAACCUGCUAGGGCAUCAGUGGGUCCUAAUGAGAUAAAAGAAUUUUUUGAAAAUGUGAGACCAGCUCUGGAGGAGACACGUCCAGGUCUUAUUUACAAUUAUGAUGAGACGAACGUGACUGAUGACCCGGGGGCAAUAAAAGUUUUAGUCCCUCGAGGUCACAGACGUGUCGAACGAGUCCAGGAGCAUUCCAAAUCAUCGGUCAGCAUCAUGUUUUGUGGCACAGCAGACGGAAAAAUGAUUCCUCCUAUGGUUGUCUACAAAUCAAAGCACCUGUACGAGAACUGGACAAUGGGAGGCCCACUAGGAACAAUUUACAGAAAUAGUCAUAGCGGUUGGUUUGACAUGAACCUCUUCGAGGUAUGGUUCUUCAAGUUGUUGUUGCCGAGCAUCCAGGAAGAAAGAAUUGGAAAUGAAAAAGCAGUUGUCAUAGGUGAUAAUUUAGCUUCGCACUUCUCACCUGAAGUCGUUCAGGCAGCAAUACAAAAUAACAUUCAUUUUACGACUUUAACACCAAACUCGACGCACAUAAUGCAACCCCUCGAUGUGGGUAUAUAUGGUCCUUUAAAAAGACAAUGGAGAAAGAUUUUGGAUACUUGGAGAAAGGAAUCGAGAAUACGGGGCAUCAUUCCAAAGCCACAAUUUCCCAUGUUACUGAAGAGACUGAUGGAUGCAAUGGCUCCCAAUUUGAUGAAAAAUUUGCAGAGCUCCUUCAGAACUACGGGAUUUUACCCUUUCGACCCUCAAGUUGUUUUACAAAAGCUCCCAGGUGAACGCGAACAAGAAACAGGACGUAUCCUAGAUAGCUGUCUGCUGGAGUUUUUAAAAGAGACGAGGGGUUACAAUACUGAAAGAAUUCGUCACAGAAGAGGGAGGAAAGUCGUUAAUAAGCCAGGAGCACAAAUAUUGGUUACGAGCCAAAGAGAUAAUGCAGAAGAAGAUGCCCCAGAAAUAGAUGUCCCACCCACCAUCGACGAUAUUCCAGAAAUCGAUUCCCCACCUAUGCCAGAAGUCAGUUCGCCAAGCACCUUCAAUAACUCUCCAAAAUCGAUUUCUAUUUUAGAUUUUCCAACUAUGGAUGACUCUCCUGAAAUAGAAGAAAAUGUCUCAGCUUUCGAGAAUAAUCAACCUUCUACCUCUGGACUGCUUACAAAGAACCAGACUGAUUCCGACGAAGAUGUGCCUCUGAGUUGUUUGGUUCGCAAGAAGGAAAUCAAAAACAGGAAAAAGGACAAGAAGAAGAAUAAGAAGGAGUCCAAUUUAUGUUAUAUCUGUAGGUGCGACUAUAGGUUCUACCGUCAUUCUGUUGACUGGAUAUGCUGCAUUACCUGUAAAAACUGGGUGUGUGGGAUGUGCAAUAAGGGCUCAAACAAUCCGUCAUACGAAUGUGUCGUGUGUGAGGAUGACUCUGACUAAUUGUUUCUUGCCUUAUAAUAUUGCCAAAAUUGAUUGUUACCUUGUCUUGUUUUUAAAUUGAUCUCAAUUAUAUUAAUUAUUACUUAAGAGACUGAUUAAGUGCCAUUAUUGAAUUAAUAAAGAAUAAUUUAAUUAUUACUUAAGAGACUGAUUAAGUGUCAUUAUUGCGUUAAUAAAGAAUAAUCCAUGUAGUUUUCAAUAAAAUAAUAGUUUUUUUGGUCAAAAUGAUGUCAAAGUAACCCGUGCUUUGACUAUCUUUGACUUCAGUUGCAUUUCAAUGCCCUGUCAAAGAAACCCCACUUCUGGGGUUACUUUGACAUUUAAUAAAUUAAAAAAAGUAGGGAGUUAAGGGGGGGGGGGGGGUUAAAUUUGCCAUAGAUCUGAUAACCAAAGGACACAUUGUUCUGUUGGCGUAAAAAAAAGUGAAAUUCGAGCCGUAAAAAAAAAGUUACAAUCCAAAAACCUCCAAAACCUGUUCAAAGUAGCCCCGUUUUA